AUGACAAUGGUUCACUUAAGAAAAUUGGCAUAUCUAAGAUCUAACUAUACCACAAAUCAUAAAGAAGAAAUGUAUACCGAACAAACUAAUAUUGUUCCCGCUGUUAAUCUGGUUGAAUUCCAUCCAUUUUUCAACAAUUGUCUGAGACCUGAGUACCAUAAAGUGUGCAGUAAGCCAAUAUUUUUCUGCUUGUAUAUUGUUCUAUGGGAGGAUCUGCUGAAAAAUGAGUAA